CCACUCCAUAUUUUCGUUUACUAAACGUCGAGCCUUGUUCUACCAUAGGCAGCCCAUCAAAGUUCUUGUUCUACAUUUAGAUAUAUGCACUGCCCAUAUAAGCAGGCAUAUACCGGCUGUGCGGCACGUCGGUGAGCAGCCACUGCUUACACGCUAUUUAGCCGCGAUCCGAGCUGGCUCCCGCUGCAUCGCCAGCGCCACGCCUCACCAUCUAUAAGUAUCAGGUGCCUUGGUUUUCCCGUUGCUAUUACUCGGUGAUUCUAUUCCACAAAAUAUUGUCAUAACUACUCCAAAAAAUGAAGCCUGUUGCUGUCCUCCUCGCCUCGGCGGCUGUCGCGUUCGCCAAACCAACCGUCUACUUUAUCCGCCACGGCGAAAAGCCCGCGGAUGGCAGUACAGGACUCAGUCCACAGGGCCAGCAGCGCGCGCAGUGUCUUCGCAGUGUUUUUGGCGCAUCGUCCCAGUAUAACAUUGGCUACAUCAUGGCCGAGACGCCAAGCUCAGACGGCUCGCACGAUCGCCCCUAUGAAACCGUUCAGCCACUGGCAGCCGAUCUUGGCCUCACGGUCGACACAUCGUGCGAUGAAAAGGACGCCAAGUGUGUGAAAAAGGCCGUGGGCAAGUACACAGGCCCCGGCAACAUUCUCAUUGCCUGGGAACACCAGCACCUGACCGACCUGGUGUCCAAAUUGGGCGACAGCAAUGCCCCAACAUACCCUGACGACCACUUUGACCUCAUCUGGACCGAUCCUUACCCUUACACCUCGAUUUCCAGUACGACGUCAGAGCACUGCCCUGGUCUAGACAACUAACUUUGACGACCUGGAGAAAAAAGACGGGGGCGGAGCCGGAGAGCGCCGUAAUAGCCACCACAAAACUCCACGCUUCGGCAGACACGCCAGCGCCACCCCCACAGGGCGCCACGACUCGUGUAGAUUAGAUAGUUUGUGCGGAGAUGUUCAUUUGACCUUCCUGAUGCUCCGAAUGUGGCGCUGCUUCUAUUGUUAAAAAAAACUAUGUAGAAUUUGAAUUCGAGUCAAGACUUUGUGGGAUGUAACAGCGGCACCUACCGCCCAUAACACGAAACGUCUAGUGGGCAGGCCAUUUUUUCUUUCAAAAGAUCUUUCGUGCUCAUCUCAGGGGCACGACACUGAACCCGUAUCUUUUUUUUUACCCCAACUUUCUUUGUGUUGUGGUUCGUGGGGUCCACCACACGAGUCAUUUCGCUUGAUAAUGUUGCGUGCGAAUUGGCAGCUGCCUUUGUUUCGUUUUUGAUUUGUGGGAAGUAGCCUAAAGAGGGACCCGUCAAGGCGCUAAAAUGAGAUGAAGAACCCCAGUACUUGCUGGAAUAGGCAGUUUCCAAGGCCCUGAAGAUGGAUCGGUCCAGUUUUCGGCCCUGAUUAGGAAGUUCGGGGAACUAGCAGGGGGUUCUAGAUUGAGGGAAACCGGCGCAUGGCCUCUUGGCGUAAUAAAACGCGGAGGAGGUGAGUGGAAGCGAUUACACGGCAGUUUGGCCACGGAGUUGUUGAGGAGUGGACGUUGGUGGUAUAUAGAGGGGAC